AUGAGAAGCUGUCGCACUCUUCUGAGGGCUGUCUCGAGCCUUCGGCCUGCCCUCUCGCUUACGAGACCAUCAUGUAUACCACACCUCUCUCGCCGUACCUUGGUCUCGGCUGCCGAGUUGCAGUUUGGCCAGCCUCUGCACGAGACACACCCGCAUCUCAUUGCGCCCGGUGAUCUGACUCCCGGAAUUUCUGCUCUCGAAUACCACCAGCGCCGCGCAAAUCUCGCCAAAGCUCUCCCCAAGAACAGCAUCGCCGUCCUCGCUUCUUCUGAUAUCAAAUACCGCUCCGGUGCCGUCUUCUACGAAUUCCACCAAGAACCGAACUUCUUUUACCUGACUGGCUUCAACGAGCCAGAAGCACUCGCUGUCAUCGAAAAGGGUGAUUCUGACGUCGAAUAUACUUUCCACCUCUUUGUCCGACCCAAGGACAUCAAAGCCGAACAAUGGGAUGGUGCUCGAAGUGGCAUCCAGGCUGCCUUGGACGUCUUCAACGCUGACGAGGCCGGAGACAUCAAUCGUUGCCAUACUAUUCUUCCAGACAUCAUUGGACGCGCCAAAGAAGUCUACACCGAUCUGCUCGGCACUACAACAAAGUCCGCUUUCAAGAGAUACUUCUCGAGUCUGAAAAAGGUCCCUUCAGAAGGCUUUGGCAAACUUUUGCAGGCGAACAAUGUCAGACCUUUGAGACCCAUCAUGAACAACCUUCGGGUCAAGAAGAGUGAGGCCGAAAUACUGAACAUGAGAAAGGCUGGCCAGGUGUCUGGUCGAGCAUUCACCGAGACUAUGAAGACACCCAUGACCACCGAGAAGGAUCUUUGGACCAUGCUCGAGACUGGUUUCAAGAUUGGUGGUCUAGACGGCUCUGCUUACGUGCCUGUGGUUGCUGGCGGCAAGAACGGUUUGAGCAUCCAUUACACUCGCAAUGACCAGACGCUCAAGGAGGGCGAGCUUGUACUGGUUGAUGCCGGCGGCGAGUACGGUGGCUAUAUCACCGACAUUACACGCACAUGGCCAGUCAAUGGCAAGUUCACAGAUCCGCAAAGAGACCUAUACGAGAUGAUUCUCAAGGUCCAGCGAAGCGUCGUAUCGCUCUGUCGCGAAGAUGCAGAUCUUUCGCUUGACAAGCUUCACCGUAUCACUGAAGAUGGGUUGCGGGACGGGCUCAAGUCUCUAGGCUUUAACAUGGAAGGCAAUGCUCUCGAAAUAUUGUUCCCUCACCACGUCGGACACUUUAUCGGUCUGGAUGUUCAUGAUGCUCCUGGACAUCCUAGAACGGGACGACUGACAGCCGGAGAGUGUAUCACAAUUGAACCAGGAAUUUAUGUUCCAAAAGACGAGAGAUGGCCCAAGCACUUCCAAGGGCUAGCAAUUCGCAUCGAAGACAGUGUGUGCAUAACAGAAGAGCAACCUUAUGUGUUGACAACAGAGGCAGUAAAGGAGGUUGUUGAUAUCGAAGCGCUCAGGCGUUAG